UUAAAAUUGACGAUGUUAGUGUUUUGAGUUAGAUUUAUACAAUUUUUUCAGAAUCACAACAAAAGUGGGAGUUUUGUUUCCCUGUCGUAAUAGCCUGGGAAUCCUCGUGCACUGAACUUUCGCUGGAGGUCACGAAAAUUGACCUUAAAAGAAUGCAUAAGGCAUAAAUUAAAAUAACCCCUCAUCCAAAGGCUGAUCCAUUGAGAGACAAUACACAACCUGGACAAACAAGGCUUCCUUCACUAUCUGACAAGACGGUGUACAGUGCGGGAAAGAGGAAACUUGACAAAGUCAUUUUCAUGAAUUCAAAAUCAACUAACCAGUGAUCACUGGGUGCUGGGGCUAAAAUCUCUCUGUUUCUAACCCCAAACGCUGACAUGGAGGCCUUUCUACAUAGCAGCUUUUUACUGAGCAGAAUAAUGUCUUCCAAGCAAGCCACCUCUCCGUUCACUCCCACCACCGACGGAGAGGACAACGUGAGCCAGGACCACGCAUCCUGGGACAAGGAGGAGAAUGCUGACCCCCAUACCACCCCCCAGCUGCCUCUUCACAACCUGAUACACAACAAACCUCUCCCUGAGGAGCUCCCAGCCAUCAGCAGCAUCCCGCCUGAGACAGAGUGGGACAACAUAAUGUCAGCCCAGCAGCGCAUGGAAUCUGACAGCAAUAAAGUAUGUUCCCUCUACUCCUUCCGGAAUAACUCUACCUCACCACACAAGGCUGAGGAAGGGGCCCGCGACCGUGGUGACCUGCUGAGUGGCUCCGCCUUCGGCACACCCGAACGCCGCAAAGGAAGCCUGGCGGAUGUGGUGGACACACUGAAGCAGAAGAAACUGGAGGAGAUGACAAAGACUGAACAGGAUGAGUCCUCUUGUAUGGAAAAACUUCUCUCAAAAGACUGGAAGGAGAAGAUGGAGCGACUCAACACAAGUGAACUUCUGGGAGAAAUAAAAGGUACCCCUGAAAGCCUGGCGGAGAAGGAGCGCCAGCUCUCCACCAUGAUCACCCAGCUGAUCAGCCUGCGGGAGCAGCUCCUGGCUGCCCAUGAUGAGCAGAAGAAGCUGGCCGCCUCGCAGAUGGAGAAGCAGCGCCAGCAAAUGGAGCUGGCCCGCCAACAACAGGAGCAGAUUGCAAGACAACAGCAGCAACUUCUACAGCAGCAGCACAGGAUCAACCUUCUCCAGCAGCAGAUUCAGGUCCAGGGACACGUACCGCCGCUCAUGAUCCCCAUUUUUCCACACGACCAGCGCACUCUGGCAGCGGCAGCAGCCGCCCAGCAGGGCUUUCUCUUCCCUCCUGGAAUUACAUACAAGCCAGGUGAUAACUACCCGGUGCAGUUCAUUCCAUCGACAAUGGCAGCUGCCGCGGCGUCAGGACUCAGCCCGCUCCAGCUCCAGCAACUGUAUGCCGCCCAACUGGCCAGCAUGCAGGUCUCUCCUGGAGCCAAGAUGGCGUCUCUCCCACAGCCCCCCAACUCGACUGGACCCAUUUCGCCCACUGGCCUCAAGAGCGAGAAGAGAUCCUCCAGCCCUAUCACUCAAGUGAAGCAGGAUGAGGGAACACAGCCCCUCAACCUCUCUGCUCGGCCCAAAAUAGCCGAGUCAGUCAAGUCCCCCACGUCCCCCACACACAGCCUGUUUCCAGGCAGCAAGACCAGCCCCAACAGUCUGACUAAGGGUGGAAUCCCCAGCCCCAUUGGGGCUGGCAUGGGACGGGGCUCCUCUCUGGACAUCCUGUCCAGCCUGAACUCCACUGCGCUGUUUGGAGACCAGGACGCAGUGAUGAAGGCCAUCCAGGAGGCCCGUAAGAUGAGGGAGCAAAUCCAGAGAGAACAGCUUCAGCACCACCAGCAGAGCAUUGACUCAAAGCUGUCUGCCCUCAGCGGCAUGGGCCUCAACAACUGCAGGGUUGACAAGGAGCGGGUGCAUUUCGAGAGCCUAGGCCACCACCUUGGGAAGCUGGGGGAGGAGGGGAAGAUGGGUCACCGGGUCAUCGACCUCACUCGGCCAGAAGACAUGGAUGGAGGUGCCAGCACCACCGAGGCACGUGUCUACAGGGAAUCUCGGGGGAGGAACAGCAAUGAGCCCCACAUUAAGCGCCCCAUGAAUGCCUUCAUGGUCUGGGCCAAGGACGAGCGCCGGAAAAUCCUCCAGGCCUUCCCGGACAUGCACAACUCUAACAUCAGCAAAAUCCUCGGCUCACGCUGGAAGGCCAUGACCAACCAAGAGAAGCAGCCGUACUAUGAGGAGCAGGCUCGUCUGAGCAAGAUCCACCUGGAGAAGUACCCCAACUACAAGUACAAGCCCCGGCCCAAGCGCACCUGCAUCAUCGAUGGCAAGAAGCUGCGCAUUGGCGAGUACAAGCAGAUGAUGCGCUCACGGAGGCAGGAGAUGCGCCAGUUCUUUACUGUGGGGCAGCAGCCACCAAUCCCCAUCAGCACCAGCGCAGGCGUGGUCUACCCAGGUGCCAUCACCAUGGCCACUACCACGCCCUCCCCACAGAUGACAUCGGACUGCUCCAGCAACUCGGCAAGCCCCGAACCCACCAUCCCUGUCAUCCAGAGCACCUACGGCCUAAAGAUGGAACCAGGAGCCAUGGUGGGUGGUGACACUGUCAAUGGUGAGGACGAGAUGGACAUGUAUGAGGACUUUGAGGACGAGCCCAAAUCGGACUACAGCAGUGACAAUGAAACGCAGGAGCCGGUCAAUGCCAACUGAGCCUCCGGGAGUUGGAAAGAGACAUACUGCAGUGAAUCAGAGAGAAAAAGAAAGGACAAA